GUUAAAAUCAUGAUGCUUGGACAUCCCAUGGCGCGCGGUGCGCUCCUCCUUUGUGCCUGGUCGGACUUAACGAGGUUCACUUCUCCCACCUUCGCGACCCGACCGGCCAUCUCCAGCCCUUGGGGCGCUCAUGGCCAUCCCCAGGGCCCUCGACUCGGCUCGCGGAGUCCGCGGCCCGCGGUCGGACUCGCCGCAGGCGACUCGCGCAGGUCGCGGUCAGCGGUCGCGCCAGCGUGGCUGACUGCGGUGGCCACAGCCUUUGCUGUUUUCCUUUUCGUGUCUCCUGCCAGGGCAGAGUCCAAGUGGGGGCGGCGCAUUUUCUCCGUGGGCGAUUUGCAUGGGGACUACCAGAGCAGCAUGACCAUCUUCCGCACUUUGGGCCUCGCCGACGCGGAGGGCGCCUGGGUGGGCCAGAGUGCGGUGCUGGUGCAGACGGGAGACCUGCUGGACCGGGGGGAGGAGUCGGGGCCCUUGGUGCGGGAGCUCUUUCGGCUGCAAGACGAAGCGCCCAAGUCAGGCGGCAAGGUGAUCCUCCUCCUGGGAAACCACGAGCUCAUGAACUUGCAAAACGAUUUGCGUUAUGCUUCGGCGGCCGAAACCCGUUCUUUGAGCACCAGCGGCACCAGCACCCCGCAGGUGCGCUCCGAGAUGUUAUCUCAGGAUGGCUGGCUGGGGCGGGGACUCCGAGAUCGCUUGCAGGCGUUGGUCUUGCUGGGGCCUGAGGAAGGCUUAGAGAAGCCCGUGCUCUUCGUUCAUGCGGGACUUCUACCCAGCUUCGGGUCCGAUGUGAAGAGCCUCAACUCAGAAGUGAAGAGUCUCUUGGAACAUCCAGCGGCCGAGCUCCAAACGAAUCCUUCGCCUCUCCUGAGCGACGAUGGGCCCUUCUGGACCCGGCGUUUGGCGCUGGGUCCUGAAGGCCAAGUGUGUGGAGAGGUGCAAAAGACCUUGGAGGCUUUGGGAGCCCAAAGAAUGGUGCUGGGUCAUACCGCUCAGGCAGAUGGACGUGUGCACGAGCGGUGUGGGGGGCAAGUGAUUUUGGGUGACACCUUGAUUUCGCGCUUUUACACUGGCACGGCUCACCCCUCGGCGGUGGAAUUCUUCCCCGACGGCUCCGCGGUGGCUAUCGACGUCAAGCGUGGUGCCCGCACGGCGUUGAAGACGCCGUAGGGCCUGGGCUCACAAGCUGAAGGAUGGUGAAAUGGCUGUGGGUCAAAAUCUAAUCCCCCA